GUCUUGACAGAGGAAGUUCCUCACCCAGAAGAAACGGACAAUGAUGAAAAGUAUUCAGUCAGAAGAAUGGAGAUCAAUUCUCUGAUGGUUCUGCUCUGUUUUCUGGCAGGGGUUUCAGACGUGGACGCGUAUGAUCUGAGACUAACAGGGAAGGAGGGGGAUAAUAUCACAAUUACAUGUUCUCACUCAAAUGCUGACAGCAACACAAAGUAUUUCUGCAGAGGAGCAUGUGACUACAAAGAUGUCCUCAUAACCAGCGAAGGUCCAAACACAGCCAAGUAUCACAUAACUGACAGAGGGAAUGAUUUUGAUGUGACCAUUUAUAACCUGGAGGAGAAAGACUCAGGAUUGUACUGGUGUGGAAUAGACAGAGUUGGCCGGGACACAUACGCUAGGUUUGACCUCACCGUUGUGAAAAAGCCAGUGGAGGAGAAUAAAGAAGCCAAGGAGGAGAAGACUAGCAGUGCAAACAUGAAGAAUGAAACACAAGAUGAUGACAGUGAAACUGUUGAGGUGAAGAACAAAGCUGAGGAGGAGAGGAACCUCACUGACUCGCCAGAUGAUACUGGAGAAACACCUCCAUCCUCCAAAUCUGUGAUGUACAUCGGAUUUGGUGUCAGGAUUUGCUUUGGCCUUCUGGUUUCUGUCCCGGUGCUGGUUUUUGUCCUACGAAGGCGCCGCUCUGGAGCCUCCUCUGAUGACGGAGCAGAGCGUGGCUUCCACUACUCUGCUUCAGAUCCAGACGCUGUUGUUUCCUCUGUGGUCCCUGUGAACGAAGGAUGACAGAACCCUGCAGACCAGACGCUCCACUCCAGCCUCACCACCACCCUGCACACGCCGACUCUGCCAAUAGACCAUUGUAAUACAACAGGAGGAUAAAACAGCUUUAUU